CGCGAUCGCAACUUGGAUCUCUUCGAACUUGGAAAACCUGAAUUGCGCGGCGCAAGGCUAUGACAGCGCGGAGGCUUCCCCGACAGCACCUGCACCGCCGGCGACAAUCGCAGGGGAUAGGACCUUGGACAUGCCCCGGUCGGAUGAGAGCACCCAAGUGAAUGAUCGUUGGCUAAUCAUAUGCGUUGAACAAGCGGCGUGGGCAAGCGGCGGCCCUAUCACCUCAGCCGUGCACCACCGACCAGGAGUCACGGGCCCAUGCAACGUCCAUCAGAUCACAGCGGCCUUGCGACCUACCUUUCGCGUACCUCAGCCGCGCUCGACGACCGAAGCAGCGCGCCCGAUCGACUACUUGGUGUUGCGACGUUGCUUUGCGAGCAUAGUACCCUUGCUAUACAAGAUUCGCGCCUUCAACCGUGGAGCACAUGCAUCAUACGACUUCACACUGCGAUGCGAACCACUCGGAUACCAACCGACGCAGCCUGCAGCUAGCCUGGGUACGUACGAGCGCUCUGCUUCCCCACGUUGCACUUGCGCUCCCGCCAGGCUGGUCUCUGGCGUUCGGGGAGCGAGCACCCGCCAUGUCGCUGUUGCAUAUAUCGCGCUGCAUCUAGACCCCGAGACGAGAUCCGCCGGCUGUAUUCACCUUUAGCAUUUUUCGAGAGCAUUUCAAGGUCAUCGAGAUGUGGUGUUGCGAAAACGCCACAGGGUCCUCCUCCCGCUUGCACGCUCGAGUGCGCGCUGAUCGUUGCCUGCUCUGUCCGUUUGUGCGAACAUGCUGUUUCCCCACCGACCCCACGCUACCAAACGACUACCCGUAGU